AUGCCAACACACUUUGAGUCUGGUCUGAGGCGUAUAAAGGAAGAUCUACCCGUUUCAUCUGUCAUACUUCCCUCCACACUCAGCAACCCUCAGCCAAAGUCCUAUCAGAAAUACUUACGAACGACAUCCCAAAGCUGCAUACUAUCAUCUAUCAUCAUGUGUCAUUCAAUUAUCUGGUACUAUGCCCUAUGCCAGCACCAAUGCCCGGAUGCAAGCUACUCAAUCGCAUGUCACGGAGCCUUCCAAAGGGGCUACGAGUGCACGGAAGAUCGAAGCACAUGUUUCUUCUCACUUAUAGGGAAUUGUGUGCAAUGCAGGCUUAAUCAGCUGCUGCUACGCCAUUGUAUCUUCCGCGAAUGGCGGAGAGAAGAUCUAUCGUCUGUAUUAGACCAUGCAUUCCAAUAUAGCGAUGAAGAUGGCUGGACUAUCGAUGACAGCGACGCUGAGGAAUUGGAUAUGGAAACGUGGAUCUCCCAGUCCCCCAGCUUGACUCUUAGGUGUUUUGCUGACCGAGCUGAGAGCCGGGAGACCCGUACGUCGUUCCAUACAGGUCCGGCACGCAUGCCAACUCUAGUGGAACAGUCCUCGCCUCACUUGUCUUGUGUCGCUUUAGUUGAAAAUGCUGAUGAUUACGCUGAUGACGAAGCGGAGACAUUGCAGGAACCUCGGCCCCAAACGAACCGAAGCCGGCGGUCUAGGAUUCCUCUGCCUACUAGUUCGGUGCGCAACCAGCAAAAUCGUACAUACCUGGCAUUUAUCACUGAUGACGAUACGUCGGACACGGAGCCUUUGCUUCACACUUCUAAGCCGAAACGGUAUCGUCAGACUUGGCGUUCCUGGAUUCCACUUCCCGUUAAGAAGGUGUCGGGGCAAUAG